AUGUAUCUCGACAGUGAACAAGAAGAACGUGCCAAGCUAAUCAGUGGCCUGCUGCUUGCUGCAUUAAUAAUUCAAUUGGCAGCGGCAGCGACACCGCCGUCGGCGUCGACGUCGCGAGCGUACAAAGCUCAGCGAGUGCACGAACCAAUUGAAGAGGCAGCGUAUGCUACUGUGGUGAGCAAGGCAUUAGUCAAGACGCGCAGUGCCGCAAUGCAGCGCCUGCCGCGCAGCGUUUUUCAUGUGCGCUGGAAUCCCAAUGAGAAAUUCAUUGUGGAGAGUCGCGAGAGUCCGGCCAUCAACUCGUCCAAGCUGGCGCCGCACCCACGCCUGAAGGUGUCCAAGAACACGAAACUCACGCUCAGCCCCAAGCUCUAUCUGUGCCACGACAAGUACUCGAGCGAGUGCCACAAUAAGACGGCGUCCUUCCGGCGUCGCAUUGUGCAGAGCUUUGAGCGCUCGAUGAGCGAAUCGCUGAAUGAUUCGAAUCACUACAAUGUGGACUACAAGCCCGUCUUUGGCGACAGCUUCGAGGAGCAGUAUUAUCCCUCGAGCUGCCUGGUCAUGGAGGCGGGCGUGCGUGUGCUACGGCGCAAGGAUCCGCCGUUCAACAAGCUGCCCUUCGGUCGACUCUUUCCGCGCCAGAAACUCUUUCGCAAUGUGAAGAACAUCAAGACCUGUGCGAUUGUCUCCAGCGCUGGGUCGCUGGCGGGCUCCAAGCUGGGCCGGUUUAUAGAUAGCCACGAUAUUGUCAUGCGCUUCAAUAACGCGCCCACCCGCGGCCACGAGGCGGACGUGGGCAGCAAGACGACAAUUCGCGUGGUCAACUCACAAGUGGUCACCAAGCCGGAGUUUGAUUUCGCUCAUGCGCCAAUCUUCCGGAACGUCACAAUCGCCGCCUGGGAUCCCGGCCGUUACAAUGGCACCCUCGAGGAUUGGCUAACCAGCGCCGACUACGAUCUGUUCACCAACUACGAGAUCUACAGACGUCGCUACCCCAAGUCGCGCGCCUUUCUCAUCGAUCCGCACUCCGUGUGGCGCCUCUGGCAAAGCUUGCAAAUGUUUGCCGUCAAUCGAGCCCUACGUCGUAAUCCUCCCAGUUCCGGUUUCAUAGGCUUGGCUUUGCUACUUCCGCACUGCCCCCAGGUGGACUUUAUAGAGUAUGUGCCCUCGACGCGACUCAAUGGCCGCUGUCACUACUACAGCAAAGAGAUGAAUUCUGGCUGCACGUUUGGCUCGUGGCAUCCGUUGGCAGCCGAGAAGCUGAUGGCCUUGGAUAUGAAUGUGGCCGACGAUAUGUCCGUCUUCCAGUUUGGCAUCUUGCGCAUCCGCCGGCCGGAUAAGCUCCUCUGCGGCUUCAAUUUCUUUGGUUACUGAUGCCCCAGCGUCCAUUUCGUCCUGCAGGAUCCGCGGCGUCCAGUGACAAUCAAAUGUGCAUUUAAUCAAGCGGUUUUCACACACACACACACACACACACCCACACACACACAAGUUUCAAGUGGCUGCAAUGAGUGUGAGUUGCGGCUGCUGUUAGUAAAUAUUUGCGAUCAAUAAAUAA